GAUGAGGCUGGCCGGAAGUGGGUGCAAAGCCGCGGCCCCCGAGAUGAAGCCAGCCGUGGAUGAGAUGUUCCCCGAGGGCGCGGGGCCCUACGUGGACCUGGAUGAGGCUGGAGGGAGCACCGGCCUCCUGAUGGACUUGGCAGCCAAUGAAAAGGCAGUUCAUGCAGACUUUUUUAAUGAUUUUGAAGAUCUCUUUGAUGAUGAUGAUGUCCAGUGAAGCUGUCCAGUUGUAUAUGCUCCACAUUUGUGAUGUGUCUCAAAUUUCUCAGGACAGGAUCGGAUGAUCAUAGAGACCUUGCAAAGAUCACUAGAAAUCAGGACCUGGUCAGCCAAAGGAGGGGACUGUCUGAACCAGCUGGGUGCUGCUGUCUCUGGGAAUGCUAGCGCCUUGUUCUUAUUUAAAUUAAAAAACAGUACCAUAACACGCA